CCCACGGCCCACCCGCCCAUUUCCAUCUCGUCUCCGCCGCCGCCGCCGGCCGCCGCAGCGAGACGCCGGUAGUGUCUUCCCUUCCGCGAGCGCACCCGUCCUUGCUGCCCCCCAGCCGUAUCGACGCCGCAGCAGCAGCGAUGGAGCGAGUCGGCGGCGGCGAGAAGCAGCUGGAGGACUGCACCGUGUCCAAUGCUCUAGGAACUUGGUUCUUUUCGGUUGCUGGUGCUCUUGUUGCUAUUCCUGUCGGCAUAAAGAAGAAAUCCUUGGCUCCUCUGGUCUUCUUUGGCACCACUGGAACCAUGCUGGACAUCAUCAUGGGCAUUAGCCAAUGUGAGAGGGAGCAUGCUGAGCGGCAGAUGAAGCUUUUGGAAGCUCAGAAACUUUCAGCUGAGAGUGGAAGCUCUGAUUCUUUUGGCAGUGUUGACAAGUAAAGUACUUCUCUUAUUUUCCCUAACGUAUGGCCUCACCUCUUCUGAUUGGAAUUCUUGCUCAGAUACCAAUUUCGUGCCUUUGAACUUCCAAAAUAUAUCAUUCCUAUUUCCCAAUAAUGUGUAAUUGUGCAUUGAGAAAUGAUCUGUCAAUCAAUAGUGCGCCCCAGUUGCCAGUGAAACAAUGGUACAAUACUUUUUGAUCGGUGCUUUAAAGGAUUUAAAUCUUCAUCGACACUGGACCUCACGGGGCUCACAACUGCAAGACAUAAGCGAUGCUGUGUCUGACAUAAGUUGUAAACUUGUAAACUUGUUUGCAGUCACAUGAAGUACGGAUGGUGAAUUUCAUUCCAUCCCUCAGAUA